GCAACAACACGAAAAUUUGCCUUCCCGCUCUAUCAACCGGUGGUGUUCGCAAAUCAAUCUGCUUGGCAAAAAAGCUGUCAUGAUUGGUACGAUUUUGGCAUUCUUCUCGUUGUUCUCGUACGCAAUGGCAGCAAACAAGGAGCGCACUUUCAUCAUGGUGAAACCCGAUGGAGUCCAGCGUGGACUCGUCGGCAAGAUCAUCGAGCGCUUCGAACAGAAGGGCUUCAAAUUGGUGGCUUUGAAGUUCACGUGGGCAUCGAAGGAUCUUUUGGAAAAACACUAUGCCGAUUUGUCAUCUCGCCCCUUCUUCCCCGGUUUGGUCAACUACAUGAGCUCCGGUCCAGUGGUUCCCAUGGUGUGGGAGGGUUUGAAUGUUGUGAAGACCGGCCGCCAAAUGUUAGGUGCUACUAACCCAGCUGACUCCUUGCCCGGCACCAUUCGUGGCGAUUUCUGCAUCCAGGUUGGCCGCAACAUCAUCCACGGCUCCGACGCUGUUGAAUCGGCUAACAAAGAAAUCGGUCUUUGGUUCAACGAGAAAGAGUUGGUUUCAUGGCAACCAGCUGCUGAGGGUUGGGUAUACGAAUAAGAUUUAAAUCGCUUACAAUCGUAAAUACACCCUCAUAAAUGUUAUUAAGUAAAAAGUACAUUUCUGCCACUGAAUUCCAAUAAAAUAAAGCGAAGCUAGUUAA